CACUUCAGUCUAUUCAACAAAAUCUAUAUAAUCGUCAACCUCUGAUAAUGCAAAAUACAAACUCACAAGACCUUUCUUUUCUCUCAUUUCAUACGAGGGAAAAAUUUAGCCGAAUUUGUUAAAAUAAUCGAUUGGAAAAACACAUGUCAAAACAUGAUUUGUCCCCCGUGCCCCCGUCAUAAAACGCCCCCAUCAAAAAUUUACUCCCAUAGGAGAGUAUCCAUCCAUCCACAUUAUUUCCAGAAAGAAAAUCAGGAGCUAGGCACACCAUUAAUGGAGUGCAAGAAGUCUAACCUUCAUGUAUUAUUGGUUUCCUUUCCUGCCCAAGGUCAUAUUAACCCUCUUCUCAGGUUAGCAAAAUGUCUUGCUUCAAAGGGUCUUCUAGUCACCUUCUCCACAACUGAAACUAUCGGUCAUAUGAUGAAAGAAGCAACUAACACAAAGAGCACCAACAUAGGUCAGGGUGAGCUUCGUUUUGAGUUCUUCUCUGAUGGUUGGGAGAUCGAUGAACCACAGCGAGCCAAUCUUGCUACCUGGAUGCACCAGCUGAAAACUGCCGGACGUGAAUCAUUUAUUGAACUCAUCAAUCGACAAUCCGAAACGGGUAAACCUGUUUCCUGCAUAAUCAACAACCCAUUUGUUCCAUGGGCAACUGAUGUUGCCGCAGAACUUGAAAUCCCUUGUGCUGUAUUAUGGGUUCAAUCCUGCGCUGUUUACUCCAUUUACUACAAUUUUCAACACCAACUUGCUAGUUUCCCAAAUCCUGAUCAGAGAGACAUGGUGCUUGAUUUGCCUAGUUUGCCUUCUCUGGAAUUCGAUGAUAUACCCGACUUUUUAACGUUGAAUCCUUUCGAUUCUUUGAGGAAGGUAAUAUUAAGUCAGUUUAAGAACCUCGACAAAGCUUUUUGUGUGUUGGUUGAUUCAUUCGAAGAACUAGAACGUGAAACUAUCGAAGUUAUGUCUCGUAUAUCAGCUCCGAUCAAACCCGUUGGUCCUUUGUUUAGAUCCACAAAAAAUGCUAGUGUUAGAGGAGAUAUCUGGAAGGCUACAGACGAUUGUCUUCAAUGGCUAGACUCUCAGUCUCCAAAUUCAGUCGUCUACGUUUCUUUUGGCAGUGUAGUAGCUCUAUCCAGUGAGCAACUCCAGGAAUUAAGUGCAGGUCUGUUAAAAUCCGGGACACCGUUUUUAUGGGUCGUUAAAACCCCACCACCAGACAUGGGUUCUAAACCGGAAUUACCUCAAGGUUUCAAAGAAGAAGCGGAAGGAAAGGGAAUGGUGGUAGAAUGGUGUCCACAAGAACAAGUUUUAGCUCACUCAGCCGUAUCAUGUUUCAUAACUCACUGUGGAUGGAAUUCUUCCAUGGAGUGUUUAACUUCAGGUGUUCCGGUCGUUGCAUUUCCUCAAUGGGGUGAUCAGAAUACAAACGCCAAGUUCUUGAUCGAUGUUUAUGGAGUUGGAAUAAGAGCGAAGAAAACUCCAACAGGAAAGAACGGAGCACCAGUGGUAACUAGAGAUGAAGUGGAGAGGUGUAUCUUUGAAGUUACAAAAGGUGCUAACGCGGAAGAGAUAAAGAAAAACGCAGUAAAAUGGAAGGAAGCAGCUGAGGCUGCGGUGGCUGAUGGUGGUUCUUCUCAUCGGAAUAUCGAAUUGUUUGUAGAUGAUAUCCAACGAAUGGCAUGUAAUAAGUCAGGAUUCAACGAUCAGAUAUCUCUCACAGCUGAAGAUGUUCAUACUCUCACAGCUGAAGAUGUUCGUACUAGUAUCAGUAUGCCUUAAAUUUUGUUUUUUGUUUUGGUGGAAUAGUAUGCCUCAAUUGACAACCCCUUAUUUUCUAUCUUAGCUUUUGUGGUUUUAAUAUGAACGUGCUAUAUAGUUGUAGUAUAUUUCUAGUCAAUAUCAAAAUUCUAUAUAGUUGAAACAGUGAAAA